AUGGCGUUGGCGAAUUCAUUUCUUCUCCCCACAAAAAGCCAUCUUGCUUUGCAUGUUUCAUCUCCACCAUCCAAAAAGACACUCCUUUCUACUAACCCAUCUUCCAAUUUCAACUUCAACUUCAACAAAGCCUUGUCAUCAAGAAGAUGGAAGCAAUCAUGGCAUGUUGCUGCUACUGCAGAUAUUAAAGCUGCAUCAACUUUACUUGACGGGGAAGAAGAUCAGAAAGUUCUAGUGGAACCUUCUAGUGAGCAAGAACGCAAGGGUGAGAGAGAGGUUGCAGAUUAUGAUUGGACACAGGAAUGGUACCCAUUGUAUCUCACUAAGAAUGUACCACAUGAUGCACCAUUGGGUCUCAAAGUGUAUGACAAGAACAUUGUGCUGUUUAGAGAUGCUAAUCAUCAGUUUCAAUGCUAUGAAGAUCGAUGUCCCCACAGGCUAGCAAAACUAUCAGAAGGCCAGUUGAUUGAUGGAAGGCUUGAAUGCUUAUAUCAUGGAUGGCAAUUCGAAGGCGAGGGAAAAUGUGUCAAGAUACCUCAGCUUCCAGCUGAUGCCAAAAUUCCCAAAUCAGCCUGUGUUAAAACAUAUGAGGUGAGGGACUCUCAAGGUGUUCUUUGGGUAUGGAUGUCUCCAAAGACACCUCCAAAUCUAGGUAAAAUACCUUGGUUUGAGAACUUUGCAAGGCCAGGAUUUCAAGAUAUUUCAACAACUCAUGAACUCCCAUAUGACCAUUCUAUUUUGCUGGAAAAUUUGAUGGAUUCUGCUCAUAUUCCAAUCUCGCACGAUAGAACGGAUUGGACUGCAAAAAGAGAAGAUGCACAGCCACUAGGUUUUGAGGUGACUGAACGAACUGAUAGAGGUUUUGCAGGUUGGUGGGGACGAGAGAAAGAUGGUUCUAAGCCUAACUUCUUAUGGUUUGAAGCUCCUUGUGUUCUACAAAAUAACAGGGAAAUCGUUGAUAAAAUGGUGAAAUAA